CGUACAAAACACAGCACAGAAACAAAAAAAAAAAAAACAUCUCGCAAGUCUGUCAACGAUCGUCAAAGCGUAAAGUCGACGUCGCGCUGCUCAGCCGCUGCCCAAGUUGUUUAUAUGAGUAUUAAAAGUACACAAACGCGUAUUAAAGAUCCGGCAAGCCGAUAAAGCUUACCAAAAAAAAAAUAAAAAUAAAAAAUGAAUUUUGUAAAGCAGCACCGGCAGCGUCUGGAACUGUUGCUGAUGCUGCUGCUGGGCCUCAUCUGUGGCAGCUGUUUAUCGAAGCUGUUGCAGCUGGCCCGAGUGGAAUUCUACGAGCUAUAUGCCAGUCAGCAAUUUACUGCAGAUACUGUUUCAAAUUCAGACAAUUCGCUGAUGCAACCAAACAAUAACAGCAAUACGGAACAGCGUAUACUCUGCAUUAUUACGCUGAAGCCGAAAGGCAAUCGGCAGCAGGACAUAGCACGCACCUGGGGCAGACGCUGCCACAAGCUGCUGUUCAUACGUCCACAUGCGAGAAAGCCAAAGCUGAGCAUUGUGGGGCUGGCGAAGAGCCGGACUGACAGCAGCUCUUGGGCCCGAACGCGAGCGAACCUCCAGCAUGUCCAUAAUCGUUAUCACAAGAAAUACGAUUGGUUCCUAAUGGUCACAGAUGAAACCUAUGUGAUAAUGGAGAAUCUGCAGCACCUUCUGAUCGACUACGCGCCAGAGAUGCCCAUUUACUUUGAUAGCUUUUCCUGGUUGCAUACGCAGCAGGGUUCGUUGUCUGCAGCUGGAGGCAAUGUAUUCAGUAGAGAGGCCUUGCGUCGUUUUGUGGAUUGGGCACAUGACAAUAGCAGCAUCUGCAGCAAUCACAACUAUGGGAUUAGGCAUGUGGAAAUUGCACGUUGUUUUCGGAAUGUGGGCGUUGUAGCGGGCAAAUCCCACGACGAGCACGGACUUCCACUUUUCGUGAACCAUUUAAGCAAUAUUACAGAAGGAUACUGUUCAAAGUCGGCCAUAUCAUUUCAAUGUGUUGAUGCCAGCUGCUUUUAUCAGAUGGAGUAUGUCAUCUAUAGACUGCGUGCGUUCGGCUUAAGCUGAACUCAGGAAUCUUUGCAAAUU